AUGGAUUAUCUUGAUGAGAUAGCUGAAAACUCUAACACAUGGACUGGACCUAGCCCUAUGGACUCCACUGAUAGGACUAGAACUAACACUACCACUUCUAGUGGAAGUGUUUUCAAGUUGAGGGAAGAUGAUAACAUGAGUGCAAAAAUCAGAAUGUUAACUAAAGAAAUUGAGGCACUCAAAAUGAAAGGAAGUAGGAAUGUUAGUGCUACCUUUAGAGAGGACCCAAUGGAGGUGUGUAAAAUCUGUCAUGAGAUAAACCAUGUUACAAAUGGAUGUGCAUCACUUUCAUCAUUCUUGAAUGUGCCAAAAGAACAAGUACAUGCAUUUAAUUCAUACUGGCCAAAUAAUUCUUCAUAUUCUAACAAUUAUAACCCAAACAUGCGAAACCAUCCGUAUUUGAGUUAUAAGAGUGACAAUGUGUUGAAUCCUCCUGCUCCAAGGAAUUUUAAUUCACCACAUGCAUCAUCAUCAUCUGGAACUUCCUUGGAGGAUGCACUUAGUACUUUCAUUCAAAGGCAAAGUGAGCAAAAUCAAAAGUUUGAAUCCAUGCUCACCAGGCUAGAUGAAGAGGUAAGAGAGAUAAAGAGUCAUAUAACUAGGCUUACAAAUUCAUUGAGUGGGAUAGAGAGAGGGAAGCUUCCUUCCCAAACUCAACCUAAUCCCAUCAAUCAAAAUCUAAAAAUUGGCUCUAAAGAUAAACAUGAGGAAGUAAAAGCUGUAACCAUUUUGAGAAGUGGUAAAGAGAUUGAUAAAAGUUCUCCUUUAGUAACUAAGAAAUCUAAGGAGACCCCAGUUGAAAAAGAGAAGGAUGAAACUGAGUCACUUGGAUUUUGUGAAAUUGAAAAAUGCCCAAUCCCUCCACCAUUUCCACAAGCCUUAAAAUUACCUAGGAAAUUGGACACCACAUCUGAGAUAUUAGAGCAUUUGCAUCAAGUCAAGAUAAAUUUGCCAUUAUUGCAUGUUAUCAAGCAAGUGUCUGCAUAUGCCAAGGUAAUUAAGGACCUAUGCACUAUCAAGAGAAAGCAUCAUGUGAAGAAGACCGCAUUCCUAACAGAACAGGUAAGUGCAGUUAUUCAACAUAAGACCCCACCAAAGUAUAAGGAUCCAGGUUGUCCUAUGAUCUCUUGUACUAUUGGAGAUUACAUCAUGGAGCAUGCAUUGCUAGAUCUUGGGGCAAGUGUUAAUUUGAUCCCAUUUUGUGUAUAUCAAAAACUUGGACUUGAUGAGUUAAAACCUACUUUAGUAACUUUACAGUUGGCUGAUCGCUCUGUAAGGGAACCAAGAGGGAUUGUUGAGGAUGUGUUGGUGAAAAUUAAACAAUUUUAUUAUCCUGUUGAUUUUAUUGUUCUAGAUUACCAACCUAUUUUACAUCCUAAUGUUCAUACCCCUAUUAUUUUGGGUAGACCUUUUCUUGCCACAGCUAAUGCUUUAAUUAAUUGCAGGAAUGGGGGAAUGCAACUCACUUUUGGUUCCAUGACUUUGGAGCUAAACAUAUUUCAUGUGGCUAAACAACCACAUGAGGAUGAUGACUAUGCUUAUGUGAACCUCAUUGGGGUGGUGGUUCAAGAAGAGUUUAAUAAGAAUUGUUUUUUUGAUCUGCUUGAAACUCUUCUUAAUAAUUCUGUUGAUUCUUAUGAUUUAGAAUGUGAUAUUCAUGUAUCUGAAAAUUUUUCUUUCUUGGAUUCCUCACAAGUUUUAGAAGAACAACAAAUGAUGGCAAUUAAUAAAGGGUGGAAGCCUUGCUUUGAGGAGCUACUAGAAAAUGAAAAAAAGCUCGUGCAUUCAAGUGAAGAGGCACCACAGCUGGAGCUUAAGCCGCUGCCUGGUGGUCUUAAAUAUGCAUAUUUAGGCCCAGGUAAGUUAAAACCUAGAUGGGAUGGCCCUUUCAUUGUAAGGGAAGUGUUUAACCAUAGAGUUGUAGUAGUUGAGGACCCUAGAGAUGGUAGGAUUUUGAAAAUAAAUGGACAAAGGUUAAAACCAUUCUUAGGGGGAGUUAUACCAGAGGAGGAGACUAUGUCACUGAAGAUCCCUUCCUAUUGGGAUGCUACAUGA